UCAUAUUGGCGGCAUUGGGUGACGUGUGUCUGUGUUGUAAACAUGGGGAACUUGAAGCAGUUCUCGUACUCAAUAGUUUUAAUUUUAUCAAUUAGUUAUGUUAGUGCCAAUUUAGUUCAUAAGAGAUUUGAAUACAAAUAUUCCUUCAAACCUCCGUAUUUAGCUCAAAAAGACGGAUCUGUGCCUUUUUGGGAAUACGGUGGAAAUGCAAUCGCCAGCUCAGAUAAUGUUAGAAUAGCACCUUCUAUGAAGAGUCAAAAAGGUGCCAUAUGGACCAAAACUCCUACAAAUUUCGACUGGUGGGAUGUAGACAUUGCUUUCAGGGUAACAGGGAGAGGUAGAAUUGGUGCUGAUGGUUUGGCUUUUUGGUACACCCAAAGUAGAGGAGCAUAUGAUGGUGAAGUAUUUGGAUCCUCCGACAGAUGGGUAGGCUUGGGUUUAUUUUUUGAUUCGUUUGAUAAUGACAAUAAACAUAAUAAUCCCUACAUAAUGGCAGUAGUGAAUGAUGGAACGAAAAAUUUCGAUCAUCAAAACGAUGGUACAACUCAAGCAAUAGCAGGCUGCCUCAGAGACUUCAGAAAUAAACCUUUCCCGACUAGGGCAAGAAUUGAAUAUUACCAGAACAUUCUUACAGUCUUAUUCAAUAAUGGAAUGACAAACAAUGAGCAGGAUUAUGAGAUGUGUUUCCGUGCUGAAAAUGUGUACUUACCUAAAAAUGGAUACUUUGGAGUUUCUGCAGCAACUGGUGGAUUAGCUGAUGAUCAUGAUGUCAUUCACUUCUUAACUAGUAGUUUGCACCAACCUGGACAGUUUCAACAAGCACAGCAAGUUGCUGGGGAUGAGCAGCAAAAAUUGAACAAAGAGUAUCAGGAUUAUCAGAAGAAGUUGGAACAGCAGAAGGCAGACUACAGAAAAGAUCACCCAGAGACUAAACCUGAGGAAUCCGAUGAUUGGUUUGAAUCAGAUAGUCAAAGAGAAUUAAGGCAGAUCUUCCAAGGCCAAAGUCAAAUUUAUGAAAUCAUAAAGGAAUUAGGUCGAAAACUGGAUGAAGUAGUAGGGCGCCAGGAAAGGACAAUGAGUCUUAUCACUCAACAAUCCAACAGCUUAUCCCAUGGACAGCCAGUACCGUCUGUCGCUCCUGGUCAGGCACCUCCACCUCCAGGUGGCUAUGGGGGGGACACCAUAAGGAGGCAUGAAGUUGAUGCCAUGUUCAAUAGCCAAAACCAAAUAAUGGGUCUCUUGAGUGAAUUGAAACAAGCAAUCGUGGAAGUAAAAGGCAAAGGUGAUGCCAUCUUGAUGAAUCAAGUCAAGGCUCCUACAGCUCAGGUACAGGCUUUAGGUUACGACACUCAGUCCCUCAUAUCAGAGCUGAGGGAUGGCCUCAAUCAAGUUAAAAGUGGUGUUCAGCAAGUGCAUCAAAAACUAGGUAGCGAUAGUAAUUGUCCAAAAGUCAGUUGCGUAUCCAUGACAUCGAUAUUGGUCAUAGUGGUGGUACAGUUGGCAAUCAUCCUAGGAUAUAACAUAUACAGAGACAACAAGGAGAGUCAGUCCAAAAAGUUUUACUAACUGGUUGUGAAUACAUUUCAAGUUUAGUCCUAUCAUUGAAUUAUCGAGAGAGGAAACAUAACAAGAACAAUAAAAUAGAGGAGGGAGUUUUUCAGUUUUUGUUGCAGAAAAUUGAAGAAUCUUCUAUCAAUACUAGCAGUGCAAUGAAGACUGUAAUUUUGCUGUAUAUUUAAGAUUCAACAAAGAGAUUUAUUUAUAAAACGUUUUCUUUUUUUUUUUGUAAAAAUGUACAUGUCAUAUGGAAGUGGAAAAAAUUUUUAAACAUUUACUGUUGAAUUAAAUUCAUUAUUCUCAUUUCAAGAUUUCAAACCACCAGUUUUAUACCAUUGUAGUUUGUAUAUUUGUGUACAAAUAUUAAAAAUUUUCUCCAUGA